UAAGGUUCCUGACGCGACAUUCGGUCGUCACCGUAGAGUUGCUUGAGUGGCAGAGCAACAACAUAAAUGAUUAUGGGAUGAGGUGAUUCACCGUUACAAAGGCGCAUAUAUUCAUAUAUCUUUACCUUGGACCACAACGCUGUCACUUACGAGUUUGUCCCCUUUUUUUGACACUCACUAUGGAAACGGCAUCCUUCUUUACUUUUUAGAAGUUUCACUUAUCUUUUGCAGUUUCACUAUCGUCAAAGCCAUUUGUUCCGUUGGUGUUGGUGACUGUUCUUGUGAAGGGUGCCGCAACUGUGGGCCCUUACCUGAUGCUGUCUCAUUCGUCCGGUUCUUUUCCCGAGGAGGAGGGGAGGAGGAGGAGUGUCAUUGGGAGGAACCGAGAGGUUCCGAGAGGUCUGCCUGCCUGAUUAGGCGGCAUGUUUCUAGGGAAGGGAAAGGUGGUGAAGAGGAGGAGAGGAAAGGGUGAAGUGGAAGACCGAGCGGAAUCCGCUCGGGAAAGGGCAAAGGCAGACAUUGACACUGGAGUAGGAAGGGAGUUGCCUGAGGACAGAAGCCGCCGAUAUUUCGAACAGAGACUGUUCUUCUUCUGGGCACCGUCCUCAUCAUUGGCAUGGUAUUUAAAGGAGGACGCAAGAAAUGUGAGGCCUGCCUUCCAAUACCUUGGUUUCAACUGCACCGUGCAUUCUAGUCCAACAGCAGCAACGAUUCAGAAGAUACUCACUGAAGGAUCCCACAUGCAGGUUCACAUACCAUCAGCAGCGCAAUGCAGUACCUCACAAACUCGUCCCAGAGCGCCUCCAACACUGCUAACGCAGUAAUGUAGUGUCUCCUGCGUUACUGUACACUCAUAUUCCUCAAGGUUGUGUGCGUUUUAUGUAAUACUGUAUUGCCAUUUGCGCUCGCCUCUGCAACACGA